AUGACUGACAAUCAUGGUGCAUAUAUAUCCGAUAACACCGAAGAAAUCAUUGAUGUAUAUCACAAUGAUAUUAUCAAUAAAAAUGUUACUUCAUCGAACGAAAAAGAAAAUUCUAACGAACCAAAUUCUCUUGAAAGGCUUCCAAACGAAAAAAAAAAGAAAAAAUUUGCUGGAACUGUAAGCGUUGCAAGUUUGUUUCGAUAUGCCACAGCACUUGAUGUAAUUUAUAUGUUAGUUGGCACUGUAGGAGGUCUUGGUAAUGGAGUUCUUUUACCAAUAAUGGUUCUUGUAUUUGGAGAUCUUCUAAAUUCAUUUACUGAUCGAUCUACUGAUUUAUGUGGACUUAAUUUUACAGCUAUUGCUAGUACAUAUUGUCCACCAGGUUAUCAAUUAACAGCAUCGAAUUAUUUGUCAUCGCUAUCUAUUUGUAAUUUUAAUGAAACUUCAUUCGAUUUUCAAAGUCAAAUACAAAAACAAGUAUUAUAUUUAGUUGCGCUUGGUUGCAUUGGAAUAGUAUUAGGAUAUGUUCAAGUACUAUUUUGGAGUGUGGCAGCUGAAAGACAAACUAAAGCUAUUAGAAAAAAAUUAUUUCAAUCAAUUCUACGAAAAGAAAUUGUUUAUUUUGAUAUACAUAAAGCUGGUGAACUUAAUACAAAAUUAACAGAUGAUGUUAAUAAAAUUCAUGAUGGAAUUGGAGAUAAACUUGGUUCAACAUCACAAUUUCUAGGUGCUUUUUUUACUGGAUUUAUUCUUGGUUUUGUUAAAGGAUGGAAAUUAACAUUAGUUAUAUUAUCUAUAUCUCCGUUACUAUUUUCCUCAGCUGUGCUUUUUUCCAAACUUGCUUCCGGUUUGACAGCAAUGGAAUUAAAAGCUUAUGGUAAAGCAGGAGCCAUAGCUGAAGAAGUAUUUAGUUCAAUUCGUACUGUUCUAUCUUAUAACGGACAAGAACGUGAAGAGAAAAGAUAUGAACAACAUCUUGGUGAAGCUAAAAGAAAUGGUAUAAAGAAAGGUGCAAUCAAUGGCUUUACAAUGGGUUGCGUAUGGUUUUUUAUCUAUUGUGCAUAUUCAUUAGGAUUUUGGUAUGGAGCAAAAUUAAUUCGAGAAGAAGGCUAUAAUAUUGGUGAUGUUAUCAUUGUGUUCUUUUCGAUUAUUAUUGCUAUUUUCAAUUUGGGUCAAGCUAGUCCACAUUUUCAAGCGUUAAGUCAAGCACGUGCGGCUGCUUACAUUACAUGGCAAGUUAUUGAUGAGCCAUCUAAAAUCAAUAGUGAUUCAAAAACAGGUCUGAAAAAAACCGAUCUUAUUGGUGAUAUUCGUUUUUCAAAUGUUCAUUUUUCUUAUCCAUCACGACCUGGUGUUAAAAUUCUUAAUGGUAUCUCAUUUGAUGUGAAACGUGGUCAAACGAUUGCUCUGGUUGGAUCAUCUGGUUCAGGAAAAUCAACAUGUGUACAAUUAUUACAACGAUUCUAUGAUCCUGAUUCAGGUUCAGUUUUUAUUGAUGAUCAUCAAGUCAAUGAAUAUAAUUUAAAAUGGUUAAGACAACAUAUUGGUGUUGUUAGUCAAGAACCAAUUUUAUUUCAAGCAACUAUUCGCGAAAAUAUUUUAUUUGGAAGAGAUACAGCGACUGAUGACGAGGUUCAUACAGCAGCAAAAAUGGCUAAUGCACAUAAUUUCAUUAUGUCUCUACCUGAUAAGUAUGAAACUCGAGUAGGUGAACGUGGAGCCACGCUCUCAGGUGGACAAAAACAAAGAAUUGCCAUUGCUCGAGCAUUAAUUCGAGAUCCAAAGAUUCUACUUCUUGAUGAAGCUACUAGUGCACUUGAUAAUGAAAGUGAAAAAAUCGUUCAAGAAGCUUUAGAUCGUGCUGCUCAAGGUCGUACAACAUUAGUGAUUGCACAUCGUCUAUCAACAAUUCGUAAUGCUGAUAAAAUUGUUGUUAUGCAUAAAGGUAAUGUAGUUGAAGAAGGUGAUCAUGAAUCAUUAAUGCGUGCUCGUGGAACUUAUUUUACUCUUGUUGAACAACAAAAUUUACGUAGAGCUGAAGAAGAAGAACAAUUAGCUUUUGGACAAAAUGAAAAUCCUGACGCGAUUGUUGCACAUCAAACUGAAGACGUUCACUUAGCUUUCACAAGAAGACGUGCUUCAACUAUAGUUAGUAUAACAUCAUCAGUUCGGCAUGCAUUGUAUGGUAAAAGGAAGAAUUCAAGAACAGGUGAAAGUGUAAAUGAAGAAGACAUUGAAAAAAAAAAGCCAAAUGCUACUCUUAAAAUGUUAAAAAUGAACAAACCAGAAUGGGUAUUAAUAUUAAUUGGAUGCAUUUCAUGUCUAUGUAAUGGUGGUAUUCAACCAGCAUUUGGUGUUGUUCUAAGCAAGCUAACAGCGGUUUUUCAAGAAUGUGAUAAAGAAGUUCAAAAGAAUCGAGUUCUACUCUAUAUACUUUUAUUUAUUGCUUUUGCUAUUAUAAUGUUAAUCACAAUGUUUCUUCAGGGUUUUUUAUUUGCUUGUUCCGGUGAAGCUCUAACGAAAAGAUUACGUUCUAAAACAUUUCAUGCUAUUCUACGUCAAGAAAUUGCUUAUUUUGAUAAUCCAAAUAAUAAUACAGGAGCAUUGUGUACACGUUUAGCAACUGAAGCAUCUUCUGUACAAGGAGCAACCGGUGUUCGUAUUGGAUUAAUGAUACAAAAUUUUGCUGCACUUGGUGUUGGUAUUAUACUCGCUUUUGUAUUUUCUUGGCAAUUGACACUACUUAUUCUUGCUUUUAUUCCAUUUAUGGUUGCUGGAGGUUUUUUACAAAGUCGUUUAAUGACUGGAUUUUCUAGUAAAGAUAAAAAAUCAUUUGAAGAUGCUGGCAAAAUAACAGUAGAAUCUAUACAAAAUAUUCGAACAGUUGUACAAUUAACAAAAGAAGAUUAUUUUUACGAAGAAUAUUGUACAUAUCUUGAAAUACCUUAUCGAUCAUCAAUAAAACGAGCACAUCUCUUUGGUUUAUUCUUUGCAUUAACAAACUCGGUUAUGUAUUUUAGUUUAGCAGCAUUAUUUAAACUAGGUGCUUAUUUAGUUGAAACCAAUGCAAUAUCAUUUGAAGCUCUUUUAUUGUGUUUUAAUUGUAUUGUAUUUGGUGCACAAAGUGUUGGACAAACAGCAUCCAUGUCUCCAGAUUAUACAAAGGCUGUUGAUGCUGCUGAAAAGAUUUUAGAAUUGUUGAAUCGAAAACCAAUAAUUGAUAAUGGUUCACGUGAUGGUGAUGAAAUUUCUAACUUUCGUGGAGAAUUAGAGUUUGAUGGUGUUCAUUUCAUUUAUCCAAACAGACCAGAAUCAAUUAUUCUUAGAAAUUUCAAACUUAAAAUUCAACCUGGUCAACAAGUUGCAUUAGUUGGUACAUCUGGUUGUGGAAAAUCAACAACUAUUCAAUUAAUCGAACGUUUCUAUGAUGCAAAUAUUGGUCGAUUGUUAGUUGAUUCAAAAGAUGUUCGAAGUCUUAAUCUUCAUUGGUAUCGAUCACAAAUUGGUAUUGUUUCUCAAGAACCAGUUUUAUUUGAUAUGUCAAUAAGAGAAAAUAUUGCUUAUGGUGAUAAUAGUCGAAGUGAUAUUCCCAUGGAUGAAAUCAUUCAAGCAGCUAAAUAUGCUAAUAUACAUAAUUUUAUUCAAAAACUUCCAAAAGGAUAUGAAACAAAUUGUGGUACAAAAGGAGCUCAAUUAUCAGGCGGAGAAAAACAACGAAUUGCCAUUGCUCGAGCACUAAUUCGAGAUCCAAAGAUAUUGUUAUUUGAUGAAGCAACAAGUGCAUUGGAUAGUGAAAAUGAAAGGAUAGUUCAAGAAGCAUUAGAUCGGGCUCAACAAAAUCGAACAUCCAUUACAAUAGCACAUCGUUUAUCAACAAUUCAAAAUGCAGAUAUGAUCUGUGUUUUACAUAAUGGAGUUAUAGUUGAAAGUGGAACUCAUCAAGAAUUACUUGCUCUCGGUGGUCGUUAUUAUCGUUUAGCACUUGGAAAACUCAUAUAG